UUUCCAUUUUCAGGCUAAUGUUUUGUUUAUCUUGCUAUAUGGAAAAGGCUGUAGUUUGUAUCAUCAUACUUCUUUUCACAGCAUCAUUUUGUACAUUGUCGUUUUAAUUUGGGCACCAGCAUUUUGAGUUUGUUCUGGCUCUCAUUACUAUCCAUUGAUGACCAGAAGAGGGGACAUGUUAAAUCAUUCACUGCUGGUAUACAAGACGUUAUUUAAGAAGGCGAGGUGGCCCCUAUAAAACCAAGCCAGCUACAGACCUGAGGCACUGGAGGCUUUCCAAUGUGGAAGGGAGACAGUGCUGGACCUUUGAAGAUGACCGGGCCUCUGCACAGCGAGAACAGACUUUGUUGGAAGUGCACUGCUUGGGAAGCGAUAAUAAGAAAUUUCCAAAUUAUCAACCUGCUAGUAACGCACAAGAAGCAGCCUUCAAUGGCAUGAUGUUUUACAGUAUCAUACAAGCCGAAGAUGGACACUGGACUGGUGACUACGGAGGUCCACUGUUUUUACUUCCAGGUCUACUGAUUACCUGCCAUGUUGCGAAGAUUCCACUGCCUGAAGCCUGGAAGGCCGAGAUGGUGCGCUAUCUGCGCUCUGUCCAACUCCCGGAUGGAGGCUGGGGCCUGCAUAUUGAAGACAAGUCCACAGUGUUUGGCACAGCCUUAAAUUACACUGCUCUGAGGAUUUUAGGAGUUGAGCCUGAUGAUCCUGACCUUAUACGUGCCAGAUCCAAUCUUCACAAGAAAGGAGGAGCUGUCGGAAUUCCUUCAUGGGGUAAAUUUUGGCUGGCAAUCCUGAAUGUUUAUAGUUGGGAUGGAAUGAACACUCUUUUCCCAGAAAUGUGGCUGGUCCCUCCCUGGAUGCCAGCACAUCCCUCAACCCUAUGGUGCCACUGCAGGCAGGUCUACCUUCCCAUGAGUUACUGCUAUGCUGUACGACUUACAGCUGAAGAGGAUGAGCUUAUCCUUAGCUUAAGACAGGAGCUGUAUGUCCAAGACUACUCAACCAUCGAUUGGCCAUCACAGAGAAAUAAUAUUGCUCCUUGUGACAUAUAUACUCCUCACAGUGGACUGCUGUCAUUGGCGUACAUCAUUCUCAACAUAUAUGAGAAAUAUCACAGCACAUCCCUAAGGAAAAAGGCUAUUGAUGAACUUUAUGAGCAUAUCAAGGCUGACGACAGAUUCACCAAAUGCAUCAGCAUUGGGCCGGUUUCCAAAACAAUUAACAUGUUAGUACGCUGGUAUGCAGAUGGUCCCACAUCUCCUAUAUUUCAGGAGCACGUCUCUACAAUCUCUGACUAUCUGUGGAUGGGCCUUGAUGGCAUGAAAAUGCAGGGAACCAAUGGCUCUCAGCUCUGGGAUACCGCCUUUGCUGUACAAGCUUUUCUUGAGGCAGGAGCUCAGGACAAAUCUGAAUUUGUAGAUACUCUCAAACAUGCCCAUGAGUUUUUAAGAAUUUCCCAGAUACCUGAAAAUCCACCAAACUAUGUAAAGUAUUAUCGUCAAAUGAAUAAGGGAGGCUUUCCCUUUAGCACCCGGGACUGUGGGUGGAUUGUUGCUGACUGCACAGCUGAAGGGCUGAAAUCUGUGAUGCUGCUUCAGGAAAAAUGCCCUUUCAUCACAAACCACAUUUCCCAGGAACGGUUGUAUGAUGCUGUCAAUGUGCUGCUAAGCAUGAGAAACUCUGAUGGUGGUUUUGCUACUUAUGAGACUAAACGGGGUGGCAGACUAUUGGAGCUUUUAAAUCCAUCAGAAGUGUUUGGUAACAUCAUGAUAGACUACACAUAUGUAGAAUGCACGUCUGCAGUGGUGCAAGCUCUCCGGCACUUUCAAGAGAAGUUACCUCAACACAGAACACAAGAAAUCAAGAGCACAUUGCAAAGGGGUCUGGAGUACUGCAGAAACUCACAGAAAAAUGAUGGCUCGUGGGAAGGGAGUUGGGGAGUAUGCUUUACAUAUGGAACCUGGUUUGGUCUAGAAGCAUUUGCUUGCAUGGGUCACAUCUAUCAGAAUGGUUCUGCCUGUCAGGAAGUCACGGCUGCAUGUGAUUUCCUGCUAUCUAAACAAAUGGAGGAUGGUGGAUGGGGGGAAGACUUUGAAUCUUGUGAACAGAGAAAAUAUAUUCAAAGUGACCAGUCUCAGAUACACAAUACCUGUUGGGCACUUCUGGGGCUAAUGGCCGUCAGAUACCCUUAUGUUCGUGUAAUAGAGCAAGGAAUACAACUUUUGAUAAAAAGACAACAACCUAAUGGUGACUGGCCUCAGGAGAAUAUUGCUGGUGUAUUCAACAAGAGUUGUGCUAUCAGCUACACCUCCUAUCGCAAUGUGUUUCCCAUCUGGACUCUAGGACGUUUUGCUCAGCACUAUCCUUCCAGCUCUUUGGCUGGAAAAUGCAAAGUGUGACUUCGGAGACUACUAUAUGGAUUUCAACCUUAUCAGAUAUGUAUUAUACAUAAAAAAUACUUGUACAAUUUCAUAUACGUUAAUGAAAUCUGAAGAAUCAGUUAUAUUUUACAAGAAUUACAAGUUUAUUUUUUAAACAAAUCUCUCUGAAUUGUAUGACCACUUUGUAUUAAUACUGCCAUACAAUACCCAUCAUUAACUUGAUCAUUCAGAGCUGCUAAUAUCUUAAAUAUUCCGGAAGAAGAAGAAGAAGUUGAAAGGAGAAAGAUGAUAAGACUGCUUUAUAUGUCAAAAGAACUUUUAUUUUUGCUGCUUAGCCUUGUGCAUUUCUAAGAAGAUGACGACUCCCAGCAUUUCACUCACAAAUCAGUGUCAAACUGAACACAAUAUACAGGAAACCUAGAAGCUGAAGAAAUUGUAAUAAUUACUGGAUGAAAUCUGUUAUCUUAAACAGCUAGUAACCACAGCACAUGCUUUACAGAGAAAAACAAAAGAAACAGGAAAUACUUUGACAGAAACAUGGGGCAUUUAAUUAUUAAGAAGAAGAAAAGACCAAAGUGGACUAAAAAGAGAUAAAAUAAUGCAAGAAGCACAGGCUUUAAAAAAAGACACAAAGCUAAGCUAAAUUUCAUCCUAAUGACUCAGCGCAAAAUCAGUUUGUAUCUCAGUUUUUGGGUCACAAAUUAUAAACUAAUGUUAUUAUUUCUUCAAAUUUUGUUUAAUAUUGGACAAAUAAACUUCAAGGGGGGAGGCAUAUGCUUUUGCACAUUGUCCUAGUGUCUCAUAUUGUCUAUUUCUCCACUAAACAAUUCACGUUAUUUAAAAGUUUCUAGGACUGAAAACUAUCUGGAAAGUAUAAGGUACAGUUAACUUGUAAAAUGUAUGACUCCAGUCUUUUUAUAGUUUUGCUUUACAAUUUUCUUGAGCAUAAAAUAUGAAUACUGUUUUAGUUACUGAACAGUAACAAACCAUGUUUUUCAUGUUA